CCGGUUCCGGUAAUUGAGUAGCAGCUGAUUAUUCAAGGAAAACAUGGUGGAACCUGGUGUUGAAAGACCCGCGGAGCCAACAUUAACAGCGGCAGAGAAGCAGCAGCUCCUCCGCCGACAGCAGCUCGAGUUGUGGAAGACAAACGCCUCGCGGCUCCGCAGGCGGAACAUGUUGACGGGUCUGACUAUCGGAGCGUUUGUUCUCGGAGUGUUUGGCUACACCAUCCUGACGGUCAAGCAGGAGAAAGUCGUGGAGGAGCUGGAUGAUGAAGCCAGGAUCCAUGUCUUCAGAGGACCACGGACUGGUGCCAACUCCUGAGCCUCCGUCAGUGUGGGAGCACAGACCCUUACAUGUUAACAUCAGACUGUACAGAGACGCCACACUGAGUGUCUGCUAACCUUCCCUCACCGAGACACUUAUUUAAGAAGGAUGAUACAGAGUUUGUUAAUUAAUUGUCUAUUUGCAAAUACAUAAAAUUUACUGUUGAAAUUCUUCAUGUUUUCAAAUAUUUUAUUUAAACCCAUCAGUGUAGCUUUGACAUGCUGUGGAAAAGUGUGAAAAUAAAUGUGGGAAAUAUUUACAGAUCCACAAGAAAGUGCUUUUACUAGUUAUAAUGAAACAGAUUCGAGUCUGAAGUCGAGACACAUGCAGUGAAUUAAUAAAAAUAACAUGUUAAUAUACCCUGUAAAGUCUCUGUCGGUGCACAGCAACAUACAAAUGUGAAUGUGUCUAAAGGCCUGCAUAAAUGGAAUAUAAUAAUUUGGAAAUGUAUAUUUGUUAA